AUGGCGGCCACCCUGAAGCUCAGGAUCCUCACCGUGGCCGCGGCGGCCGCCGUCGUCGCCUCGUCCCUGGUCGGCACGGCCUCAGCGGCUGAGGGACCGGCGCCCGCUCCGACCUCCGGCGCGUCCAUGGCCGCGCCGGCUCUUGCCGCUGCUUCCUUCACCGCGCUUGUCUUCGGCUACCUCUUCUAA